UCACCGAAGACGCGGAGGCGCGCGCACGCCCUGACCCGCGUCACCCGCCCCUCGGCUCGGCUCCUGUCACUUUCGAGCGAGCGCGCGUGUGUGUACCUGCUCUCCUCGGCUCCCCCACCAAGAACCCCCGAGAUUCGCUCGCCCGGCCGGCCGCCAUGACCAGAUCGGCGCCGGGGCUGCCGCCGCAGUACUACGCGGCCGCGGGCUCCGGCCACCGCUCCUCCUCCUCGCCCGCGGCGUCCUGCGUCGUGGCGGUCCUCUUCCUCCUCCUGGCCGCCGGCGGCGCGGCGGCGGCGCUGUUCGUGCUCUUCCGCCCGCGCGCGCCGGACAUCGCCGUGACGGCCGUGCAGCUGCCCGCCUUCGCCGUGGCCAACGGCACCGUGGCCUUCACCUUCCAGCAGCUGGCCUCCGUGCGCAACCCCAACCGGUCCCCGCUCGCGCACUACGACAGCUCCCUCCACGUCGCCUACGCCGGCGGCGAGGUCGGCUCCAUGUACAUCCCGGCUGGCCAGAUCGACGGCGGCCGCACGCAGUACAUGGCCACCAGCUUCACCGUCCCCGCAUUCGCCGUCACGGUCACGGCCACCUCCGCCGCCGCCGCCGGGCAGCCGACCACCAUCUCCGUCCCCGCGUCCGGCCCGUCCCCGCACGUCACUGCGGCUCUAGUGCAGGGGCCGGUGAUGGAGGUGGACUCGCUGCUGCGGGUCAAGGGCAAGGUCACCGUUCUCAAGGUGUUCACCCACCACGUCGAGGCCGCCAAGGUGUGCCGCAUUGGCGUCUCGCCGGCCGACGGCCGCGUGCUCGGCUUCCGGUGCUGACCGUCGGCCGAGCUCACUAAUGCUGGCCGCCGCCCGGCCAAGAUCUGACAAUCUCAUCACUCCUUCAGCCUGUCGGUAGGCCUUGCUCUCCACAUCAAAGUAGCCUCUUGAUGAAUUCGGUUCAGACUUAAGUCCAGUCAUCAGUGAAAUUGUAAGAUAAGGUUGUUCGAUUUGUAAAUUAGAUUAAUCUCUACAGUUCUCAAGAUUUUUUGUACUUCUUUGUGCUUGUCUGGUUUUCUAGAUUAUGCGGCCGACGUGUUUUUGUUGUUGUAGAUUAUUGCUCCAUUACGGUAUAGACUGUCAGGUGCUCAUAGUCAGAGUCCAGACCAAACAAAGAUUUGGUUCUUGAGAUGGUGGUUCUUGUUCCAGUGGGAAUAUUGGUUGCUUAUGUCAACCAAACAUAAUGACGGGAACUUAAUAAUAUCAGUUUGCAAUGCAUUCCGUUUUCAUUCUUGCAAAA